AUGGCUGGCGGUGGCAGCAGAUACCGUCACUUGAGUCGCGACUCUGCGCAUCGACAGGCCCUGCUCCGAAACCUCGUCACCUCCCUCUUUGAGCACGAGUCAAUCACAACAACAUGGCCCAAGGCCAAAGAGGCUCAGCGUUUGGCUGAAAAGCUGAUCACUCUGGGAAAGAAGAACACCGAGGCGAGCCGGAGGCGUGCAUUGGAGAUUUUCUACACACCGCACAAGAUGCUUCCCAAGGUUUUCGGACCCCUCCGCGAGCGCUACGCGGACCGACCAGGCGGCUACACACGAGUUUUGCGUGUCGAGCCCCGCGAGAAGACCGAAUACUUCUCCGUCAACAAAGGCGACAAAAUGGCCACCCCCGAACGCAAGCCGCAAGUGAAAGCUCCCACCGCCAUUCUCGAGCUGGUCGAUGGGCCAAAGGACAUGCGCUUUGCAAUGACUGCACGCACAGUUGCGCGUGAGCGUGAGCUGGGCCUGGAUCUCGUGCAUCAACUGACCAAGUUGAAUGUCAAGAAGGUUACGCAGUUCCGGAAGAAUGGUGUUGAGGCUCUGGAAGAUGCGAUCUCCAAGCUGAAGGUGUCCAACAAGGAUGUCAAAAAGGACUAG